CCAGUAUGUUUUUGUUCUUCCAAAUGAAGGUGGUUUUUCUAAAACAUGUAUCAUCCUCAGACUCGCAGGCCUACAACCAAUUCAAGAGCAUCACUGGCAACAAACUGCUCCUGAAGGACCUUGCACAGAUGUCUCCACAUGGCCAGACAUAUGCUUUGGAGGCGUUCCACAGCGUCCUGAUAGACUUCGCCCCGAAGUCCCAGGCUUUCAGCCCAGAAGGCAUGCUUGCAAAGACUCGACUUGCAAUCCUCCAUUUCAACGAAAGCUCAAACCGCUGCCAAGCCGUCACACGAGACGGCAAGCCACGUUGGUCGGUCGUAACAUCAAAAGCACGAAAGGGCCACCACACAGCACGACCAGAGAUUACGGAUCCCACUUACAAGUAUGUUGGAAAGCUCAUCAAGGAGGCAAUGGAGAACAGCAAACAGUGGCGGUCCCUGGCUGCUGCAUCGAAGGCCAACACCGUCGUCUUCCCGGCACCGAUGACUGCAGCCUACACAAGGCCUCCAAAAGAGGAACUCGUGGCAGCACGAAUGUCCAGGUUCGGCCAGAGCCCCCAGUAA